AUGGAAGAAGACCAAACCGAAGAGUCCAUGGAAGAAGGAGAGACACAUGAAGGAGCUGGAUGCCCGAUGAUGUUACAAGAUCGAAAGCUAAAAGGGAAGGCUACUACGUUUUCAGGUGGCUGGAACAUAGGAGAAUUUGUGGGGUUACUUGUUUCAGCUUGCAUGGGAAGCUUGUUUUCUGAUGGUGCAAGGCUGGCAGCGAGAGAGAUCUUGGUGUGGUUUCUGAAUGGUAUGAUGAACCCACAGCGUCACUAUCUCAGCACCACCAUGGCGGUCCUGGAUGAACCCACCAUCUUUGUCAUUGCCUCUGAAUUUCUUAAUGAUAUCCAGAAUGCGUUUUUGUAUGGAGAGCUUACUGACACUGUCUUUAUGCAGUACCCUCAAGGCUUCAUUGAUAAACAAUAUCCCAAUUAUGUGUGCAAACCUAACAAGGCCAUCUAUGGUCUUAAACAGGCACCUAGAGCCUGGUUUGCCCAAUUGAAUGCCUGGCUCACUGAUUAUAGUUUUUCUGCUUCACGUGAUGAUCCAUCUCUAUUCAUCUUGAACUCUGGUGACUUACAUAUGUUUCUUUUGAUUUAUGUUGAUGACAUGCUUAUUACUUCUUCCAUACAUGCUGCUAUAGACAAUCUGAUUUCUGCUCUGGCCAGAGCCUUUCCUGUAAAGGAUCUAGGCCAAUUAUCUUACUUCCUUGGGAUUGAAAUUGAUUACUUGAUUUCUGGUAUUUUCCUAUCUCAAAGGAAGUAUAUCAAAGAUCUCUUGGAAAGAAGUAACAUGCUUAAUGCUAAGCCAAUGACCUCACCUAUGGCAGCUUCUCUCAAGCUGUCACAAUUCGAUGGUCCUGAAUUUACUGACUCCACACUGUUUCGAAGCAUUGUAGGGGGCUUACAGUAUUUAUCAAUAACUAGGCCUGACAUUGCUUUUUCAGUAAAUAAAGUAUGUCAAUUCAUGCAUUGCGCCAAAGUAUCACACUGGUCAGCCGUGAAGAGGAUUCUUAGAUACCUCAAGUCCACCAUAAACUAUGGCAUGCUCUUCAAAUCUUCUUCAAGUCUUACCUUGCAGGCUUAUACAGAUGCAGAUUGGGCAGGAUGCCCAGAUGACAGAUGCUCUACUUUAGCCUUUUGCAUUUUUCUUGGCAAGCACCUCAUAUCCUGGAGCUCAAAGAAACAAAAGACAGUGGCCAGAUCGAGCACAGAAGCCGAAUACAAAUCGCUUGUCACCACAGCUGUAGAGUUGAUCUGGAUACAAACUCUUCUCCGAGAACUUGGUCUUUUUUUGUUUGAUGCCACCUACUCUCUAGUACAAUAA